AGAAGAAUGGUUGCCGAUUCGGUUACAUAAAUAACAUUUCCCGCACCACUUCAUGGUGCAUGGUUAUGAUUUGGUGAAAGUUUGGUGAAGGAACGUUUGCAGAUUUGUUCUUUUUUGGAACACUUGUUUGAUGAAUUCCCGAGAGAUUGAUCAUAGGAUUAACCAUUGCAAAAACCAGCUGCUGAUUAAAGGUAAUGUCUUGCGAAGCUAUUUGCUUUUCUCUAUUCCAUAAGAUUUAGAGGUCCAAACCUCUGAUUUCUUAGGGUUUUGGGGUUUUGUAUUCAAAUGGCGGAGUCUUUGAAUGACAAUACAAUCCAUUGUUUGAUAUGUGCUACCAAAUCAUUGAAACUAAGCUUAGAAAAGUCGAAGGCGCUAGGGUUAGCUUUAGACAGAGCUGGGCCUAGAUUAGAAGAGAUUAACCAAAGAUUACCUUCAUUGAGAGCUGCCGUCCGACCCAUUCGAGCCGGAAAGGACGCCCUUGUUGCUGUCGGGGGCCACAUUAAUCGUGCAGUAAGCCCUGCCGGGGCGGUGCUCAAGGUUUUUGAUGCUGUUCAUGGUCUCGAAAAGGCCUUGUUAUCUGACCCCCAGAAUGAUCUCCCUGGCUACUUGUCGGUGUUGAAACGCCUACAGGAGGCAUUGAAGUUUCUUGGGGACAAUAGUGGACUGGCAAUUCAGUGGCUGGUGGAUAUAGUAGAGUAUUUGGAGGAUAAUAGAGUCGCCGAUGAUCUGUACCUUUCCAAUUUGAAAAACUCCUUGAAGAAUCUUAGAGAAUUGCAGAAUGAUGGGGAGAGGGCACUCCUUGAUGGCGGGCUGUUUGAUGCCGCAUUGAAUAAGUUGGAAAACGAGUUCCAGAGGCUCUUGACUGAACACAGUGUGCCACUUCCAAUGUCUUCAUCAUCUCUUGGUAAGCAAGCGUGCAUUGCACCAUCACCUUUACCUGUAUCUGUUAUUCAAACGUUGCAAGCAAUUCUUGGGAGAUUAAUUGCUAAAAAUAGACUCGAGAAGUGCAUAUCAAUCUAUGUUGAAGUUCGUAGUUUGAAUGUUAGAGAGAGCUUACGAGCUCUUGAUUUGGAUUACCUUGAAGUUUCAGUAUCCGAGUUCAAUGAUGUGCAAAGCAUAGAUGGGUAUGUUGCACGGUGGGGCACGCAUUUGGAGUUUGCGGUGAAGCAUUUGUUUGAGGCGGAGUAUAAGCUUUGUAUUGAUGUUUUUGAGAGGAUGAGAUUGGAUGUGUGGUUGGAUUGCUUUGCAAGGAUAGUUGCUCAGGCUGGUAUUCUCGCAUUUCUUCAAUUUGGGAAGACUGUUACAGAAAGUAGGAAAGACCCCAAUAAGCUUUUGAGAUUAUUGGAUAUAUUUGCAUCUUUGAACAAAUUGAGGCUGGAUUUUAACCGGUUGUUUGGAGGAGCAGCAUGUGUUGAAAUCCAGAACUUCACAAGGGAUCUCAUCAGGAGUGUAAUUGAUGGGGCAGCAGAGAUGUUCUCCGAGCUUCUGUGUCAGGUUGAGUUACAGAAACAUACCCCGCCUCCUCCAGAUGGGAGUGUUCCAAGAUUGGUAAUCAUCAUUAUCGAUUACUGUAAUAAACUGCUUGGGGACGGCUACAAGUCAAUCCUAAUCCAAGUUCUAGUCAUUCACCAGAGUUGGAAGCGUGAGAAAUUUCAAGAGAAGCUUCUUGUUAAUGAGGUUUUGAAAAUAAUCAAAGCCAUUGAGCUGAACUUGGAGACAUGGAUGAAUGUUUACGAGGAUAUCAACCUAUCCAACUUUUUUGCAAUGAACAAUCAUUGGCAUUUGUACAAGCACCUGAAGGGAACCCAGGUUGGGGAUCUCUUAGGCGAUUCUUGGUUAAAAGAACAUGAACAGUACAAGGACUAUUAUGCCACAGUCUUCUUGAGAGACAGCUGGGGAAAGCUUCCCAAUCACUUAAGCAGGGAAGGUCUACUUUUGUUCUCAGGCGGGCAUGCCACUGCCCGUGAUCUUGUCAAGAAAAGAUUGAAAGCGUUCAAUGAAGCUUUUGAUGACAUGUACAAAAAGCAAUCUAAUUGGGUUGUGUUGGAGGAAGAUCUGAGGGAGAGGACAUGCCAAGUCAUUGUGCAGGCGGUUGUUCCAGUUUAUCGUAGCUACAUGCAGAAUUAUGGACCCUUGGUGGAGCAAGAUGCAAGUUCCAGCAAGUAUGCAAAGUACACAGUACAGAAUUUGGAGAAAAUGCUAAUGUCUCUUUUUCAGCCAAAGCCCAGGAGAUAUGGCAGUUUCAAAGGCAGACAGCCAAGUGAGAAAUUCAACAAUGGAGUAAGAGAUGAUCUUCGUCGUAUUGCCUCAUCGGUUAUGUGAUAACCUGAUUGACUUCACUCCGUCGUGGUUAAUUUAGGACAUUGCAUUACCUUGAGCGAUAGAACUAAUGCACAGAAACUGCCCAUUCAUUUCCUUAAUGUUCUCCCUUUGAUGGAAAUUUUGUAAUUUGUCUGACCGUAAUGAGGAAUCGAGGGCUGUCUCCCAUGCCCAAAGGGUUCUGAAAACCCAUGAGAUCUCAGAGUCUUAGUAAGUUAUACAAUCCUGAUGGUAAGGUCAGUAGAUAAUAGAUAUACUUUAAGCCAUAGCUUCUUCUUUUUUUUCCUUUUUCGUUGAGGUGUAACUGUGAUCGAAUUCUUUAGUCAUCAGUUAUUUUGGAAUUAGGUUGUACAUGAUGUAGGGAACUUAAGGAAAUGCUUGUUGUCAAUUUUACCGGA